CCUGUUUUUCUACGCCGAGUAUUCACAUGAUGCUCGAUUCAACAUGGUUGAAGGAAGCUUUAAGAUUGUCUUUCUCCAUUUUCACUCCUCUUAACCCUUCUCAUACUGCAAAAGACAAGGCUGACUAAAAUAGCAGGACGGUUUGGGAAAUGUCCACCUCUCUUCUGUUGCUUGUUCCUGCUCCGCUGUUCAUUUCCCCACGUUACACCUGUGGCAGAGGGCGGGGUCAAUGAUGUCACCUGAAGCUGGAGGAGGGGGAGGGGGACGAUUCGCCUCCCUCUCUCUCUUCCUCCCCCUCUUUCUGUGUGGCCGUGUUGUUCCUCCAGAGAGUAGACGCAUCCCCCAGCAUGCCGCCUCGAGUGUGAAGAGGAGUCACGAUGCUCGGCAACGGACGACAGACGCUUUUCCACAAAUAUUGCGGAUUUCUGGCGGUGUUCGAGCGGCCCCCAGCUUAGAGAAAGGGGGGAAACUUCCGCGGAGGAACGAGAGCGACGAGAUGGGAAAUUUGAUACUGAUGACGCUUCUGCUGGCUCACCUGCCAACAGAGCUGCUGUCCAUCCAGGUGAUUGUCCCACAGAGGGAGAGGAGCACCACCUUGUUUGCCUCUGUGAUUCUUCGCUGCGACUACUCGACUUCAGCAAACCCUCAGGACGUGCUGGUCACCUGGAGGUUCAAGUCCUUCUGCAAAGACCCGGUGCUGGAGUACUACUCCACAGCCUAUCAGGCCUCUCUGCAGCUGGGUCAGGACCCCACCAACGACUGCCCGGACAGACAGCGAACAAUCCGCACUGUGAUCCAGAAGAGGGGCAUUAAUGAGCCCACCCUGGGUGUAGAAUACCGAAUACGCAAAAUUACCAUUCAAAACAAGGCCGACCUGGUCAUCAAUGAGGUGAUGUGGUGGGAUAACGGCGUGUACUUCUGCAGCAUCGACGCUGCCGGGGACACGGCGGGCGACUCUGAUCAAGAAGUAAAACUCAUCGUGUACCACUGGCUGACCGUCCUGUUGAUCCUCAUCGGCGCCCUCCUGCUCAUCACGCUCUUCUGCAUAUGUUGCUGCCAGUGCUGUCCUCAGAAGUGCUGCUGCUACGUCCGCUGCCCGUGUUGUCCGCAGACAUGCUGCUGCCCGGAGAAAGCUGUGAUGCAGCACAGGAUGAUUCGAGACGCUCAGAAGGCUAUGUCUCCCUGGAUGAACGGUCAACCCAUUUACGCUCCCAUUAGCUCCAACGCCUCCUCCCAGGGCGUUCCCAUACUGUACUCCGGCUCAUACUCUGACUACCCCACCAAACAAAACUUUGCCAUGGUGCCCAUGGAGCUGUCCCCCAUGGCCCUGCAGCAUCAACCUCAUCCAAACCACAUGAACGGCAGUGUGCAUGGCGGCCACCCUGGUCAGGUGUUGGACUUCCUGGAAAACCAGAUGCGGGGGCUGGACAUGGGAGCACCACAAGCGGUUCCUUACUCUCACCAGAAUAUGCUCCCGUUGCAGCCUCAGGCGGCUCCCCAAGCUGUGCCCUACACACCGGGGCCCCCGAGCAUGCUGUCGGCCCUGGACGAGAUGGGGGUGAGAGGGGUAGAGAGACGCGUGAUCACCCUGCCUCCCAUAAUCCAGCGGGUUCCCAGCUUUCCCUCGCGCAGGGGGCCGGCUGACGGAGACGGAGCCAGAGAUGGUUCAAGAAUCUCCAGCCAGUCCAGUGGGAGCACGAGUCGCCGCGGAGGAGACAGCCGUGGCUACCGGGACGUCUCUCAGCCCAGGCAAGGGAUCCUGCGCGAUUACAGCGACGACUCCGAAUGGGAGAACAGGCGAGCAGGAGCGCCACGCGGGAGUUCGAGGAACAGGAGAGGAGGCCCGUCCGGGAGGAGGGGAGGCGGAUCUCGACCGCGGACCCGCAGUCGCGACGACCUGAUGGAGGAGCUACACGGCACUGCCGCUCGGAGGGAGAGGAGCUAUUCUCCUCCUCAGCGGCGCGAAGGGCCCUGGAGCUCAGACGAGGAGGACAGCGGCAGGAGGAAAGGAGGUAGAGGGAGGGAUUGGCCGGAGAAGCCCCCCAGUUACUUCUCCAUCGAGAGCCAGCUUGGAAGUAGCAACGGUCGGAGGAACUACGACCGCUUUUCGGAUAGAAGUUCCCGUAGUGGCACCAGCGUAGUCAUCUGAAGCAUUUCAAACACUUCUUUUCUUUCUUACUUGUUUAAGAAUGUUUUGAAAGCGGUGAAAAUGAAGACAAAUAGUUAGUUUUUUUCUCCGUCCAGUCUGCAAGAAUAUAGUUGUUGUGAAAUGUAAUAAUGAUUCUUAAUAAGUAAUAAAUAUUCUGCAUGGGAUACUUUUACUGUGAAUGCAUCACAUGGAUCUGCAAAAAAGCUUUAUGAAGAAAAGCUUUUUGUUUCAUCCUUUUAAAUUGCAGAUGUUAUCAAGCCUGCAUGCGCUUAUUGUUCUGGCUGUUUAGAAUUGUGUAACUUGUAUCUGGUGAUGGGUAUUUUUUGAUGUAGAUGUUCAAUAGUUUCAACAAGCAAAUGGGUACUGUCAGAAUGUGUGGGUUAUUGUGAACACGCUAUGAGUGAUCAACUGAUAUGUGGAUGUUUUCAGAAUUUUGCAUAAUUUCUAUUAUAACUAUUUUUACGGUGUUGUCCUUUUUGACCUUUCAUUCAUAAAAGCACUAUUAGACAGCAAUAAAACGUGUGUUUGUAAAUGUAUGAAGAUCAACAGAUUUGGUGGACUUACUGUAUUUGAGUAAUCAGCAUCAAUGCAGAAUUCCGAUCUUCAUUGUUUCCUUUUGUAUCAUGAUGUGUCUGUUUUCAAAUAAACUUUUUACAAACAGUG